AUGGCUGCUACGUCCCGCGCAGCAGUCAAGCUCGACUGGAGCAAAGUGGGCAGCCAGCUCGGCCUGCGCGGCAGCACGGCGACGGCACUUUCGAACUUCAAGAAGCGCAACGACGACGCCCGCCGCCGCGUGCAGGUGCUCCAAGACCAGCCCACCUCGGUCGACUUCGGCCACUACCGCUCCAUCCUGAAGAACACGGCCGUGAUCGACGAAAUCGAGCAGUACUUCAAGACGUUCCAGCCCAAGACGUACGACGUGAGCAAGCAGAUCAAGGCCAUCGAGAGCUUCGAGCAGGUCGCGAUCAAGAAUGCCGAGGAGACAAAGGGAAAAGUCGAGGUCGAGUUGAGGAGCUUGGAGAAGGCCCUGAACGAUAUCGAGGGCGCGAGACCUUGGGAGGAGACGACCGUCGACGAGGUCGCGGCCGCGGCGCCGGAGAUUGAUGAGUACACGGCCAGAUUGGUCAAGAAGGGCCGAUGGAUGCCGCCGGGAUACCUGGUACGAAUCUCCUUUCCACGCCACACCGCAGAACUACGUGGUUUCAUCUGUUCAUCUGGAGUUGAUAUUUGCUAA